CUGGUCUUGCCUUUGCCUUCAUGAGGAUGUUGACCAAUGGAUUUAAGUAACUGCACUUCCACUGACCACAGGACAGUUCUGGUCCAGGAUCCUCUUUUCCCUCCACUACUGUCAUGAAGCACCACUUCAGGGAAUGGGAGCACACUCAGGUCCCCCCAGUCAGCAGUGCUGCCAGCACAGAGAAACCCUGAAACAGCACAACCAGCAGAGCCAGUGGGUUCAGAUGCUGCGGAAAAAGCUGCUUGCUUGCUCCCAGACCCUGAGCUGGAGACUUAAUCUACAAUUAAAUGCUAUAGUAGCUUCCUUCUUUCAUUUCUCUUCCAUAGUUAGGCUUCUGUUAAUUUUCUAGGGUCAUAGGACCAGUUACAGAAACUAGAUGAGUAUAGCAAAAAUAGUUCUAUUUAUACAUUACCUACAGUAAGAACGGGAAAGAUGCCGACGGCUGUAUUGCCUUCACAAGCCCGGGGCUGUAAGAGGGGACACUAUAUAUCAGGUAAAACUGUUCAACUGGAAAUGAGGCAGCUCGUAAGAAGUUACACUGCAAUAUAUGCCUACCAGUUUUGAGGAGCACAGAAAGAAGGUGGUCACGCUUAGCAGGCAAUAAAAGGUCUAAGAAUUAUAUAUAUAUACACAUAUAUAUACAGGAAAGGAAUUAAAGGAUGCAAAAAGAAAAAAUAAAUUGGGAAUGAUGCACGUUAUGUUUUAUGGUUUGUAUUUUGGUGUUUUUAAACAUAGUAUUUUGGGAAAAUCUCCACCUUAAGCCAUUAUAUUAUUUCAGAAAUAAAACCCAAGCCCAUUAGCUUUAGCCUUGAUAGUCUGAGGCUAACCAAACUUCCAAGAAAAUAAAAGAAAAUUACUACCUUCCAGUAACUUGCACUGGCACAGGUUUCAGUUUUCCUUUAGCAAGUACUUAUUGGAAGCUUUUUGCUUCUGUAUUUUAUAGUUUCUAGCAAGCAACUGCAGAUAAAAGCAGAAGCAGCUGGACCGAAGGACAGCAUCGCCUAACACAACUUCUAUGCGAGAAAGAAAUCCAUGUCCAAGGUCUCUACCACACGGCACUUGGAUCAAAUGAUGUCAUCGCCUUCCCAGUUGUUUUAACGUCAUUAGCCAUACACGUUUUGCGUGGUGAAGAGAAACAAAACACAGGAUUUCCUGUUCUGCUACCACUCUACUGGGCUGCAGAUGCCGGCAGGAUUCCAGUGCUCUGAAAACAUGUGGAAGUUUAACAAGGAGUCGCUGGGGCUGGGAUUGCUGCGAGAAUUGGUAGGAAAUAAAAGCAGAAAGCUUGCUCCUCCUGCUGUGUAGCAUGGAUGUCACCCCCCUGAAGGAUGGGAGUCACAGGAAGAAACUCUUCACCUGCCUUAAUUGCCCCAUGAGUGAAGAGACUCAGCCAAGAUGGAGAGCAACGCGUCCUUCGGGAACUGUACCAACCCCCAGAUGUCCUUCCAAUCCACCCUGUACGCCACCACGUACACCCUCAUAUUCAUCCCUGGCCUCCUGGCAAACAGUGCUGCCCUGUGGGUCCUGUGCCGCUUCAUCAGCAAGAAGAGCAAAGCUGUCAUUUUCAUGGUCAACCUGGCUGUGGCUGACCUGGCCCAUGUCCUCUCACUGCCUUUACGGAUGUAUUACUAUAUAAAUCACAGCUGGCCAUUUGGAAGCUUUCUGUGCCAGGUGUGCUUCUACCUGAAGUAUCUCAACAUGUACGCCAGCAUUUGCUUCCUCACCUGCAUCAGCAUCCAGCGGUACCUCUUCCUCCUGCAUCCCUUCAAAGCCAAUGACUGGAAACGGCGGUACGAUGCAGCUAUCAGCGCUGCUGUCUGGCUCUUCGUUGGGGCAGCUUGCUUACCCCUGCUUGUAGUGAGGAGCCCAGCCUUGUCCAACAACAUAAACACAUGCUUCUCAGACCUAGGGGUGAAGCAGCUCAGCCCAGAAGCCUCCAUUGCACUGGUGACAGUAGCAGAGCUGUUUGGGUUUGUCAUCCCCUUCAGCAUCAUUGCGUGCUGCACUUGGAAGAUGUGGCAGUCCCUGAGGGAGGGCCCAACUCAGCUGCAAAACACCAGUGAGAAACAGAAGGCUUUGCGCAUGGUCUUGAUGUGCGCGGCUGUCUUCUUCAUCUGCUUCACCCCCUACCACAUCAACUUUCCUUUCUUCAUGAUGGUGAUAGAGAACAUCAUCCAGGACUGUGCUAUUCACAGGAGCACACUCCGCUUCCACCCCAUCUCCCUCUGCUUGGCGAGCCUCAACUGUUGCCUGGAUCCGGUCCUCUACUACUUCAUGACCUCCGAGUUCCAGGACCAUCUGCUUCGCCACAGCUGUGUCACCCUGCGAGCUUGGUUCACACGCCGCGGGAACCUCUCCAUCGCUGAAACCAGCCACGACAUCCGCAUGAAGAGAAGCCUUCCACGCCUCAAGUUUUUGUCUCUUCCCAAGUUCUUUGGCCGAAUAAACAGCAUGGAAAUCCCUGCCAUGCCUCCUGACGAGCUUCUGCUGGAGUCCAUCUCUUGAAAAGCAUAAGCCAGUUUCUGUCCCUGUAGGUGCUUCUCAUAGCUCAAGUGAAGAUUGUGUUAGGUCUCCAAAUAUGUCAUUACCCUUGUGUGCAGCAGAUGACAGAACCCGACCUAGAAGGAUAUUUUGAUGUUGGUUGAGUUGUUGCUGCUGGGCACUAUUUGUCUUGCAUAGUUCUCUGUUGUGAUGUUAAAGUACCCAAACCAGCUGUCAUGGUGCCAGUAAUUCUCCUGUGCUGAGCUGCAGCCAGGUUCAGAUCCCUCGUUUCCUUUGGUUUGAAUGCUUCUACAUGUUUGUCAUUUUUGAAAAUCCUUCUGAAUCCUGAGGUGUAAGCAGGCAGCUCAGCCCCAGCGCAGCUCGGGCAGGAAGCACGGGGGGAGUUUUGGACCCCCAGCUGCAGAUACCCCUGGCUCACAAUGACUUAAAGCAUCCUCCAUGCUCACAUGAGGCUCUAGAUCAGGACAGUUCAUUAUUUCCAUGUAGACUGAACCUAUUCUCAUUGCAAAAAAGAUCAAUCACUUGGACCUAACCUAGACUGAAACACUAUAACUUUAUCAACAUAUAUCAAGCAAAGAGUAUUAACCUAUGUCCACAUCAGUGUUGAAGGGAGUUUUCAAACAAACUGGGCUCAGUUCCCACUGCCGAAAAAGGCACCCAGAGCCAAGCAAAGGAGUCCACCUGGCCCUUGGGAGCUAUGGGAUGCUCAAGUGAUUAUGAGGGGGUGAAUAUGUGGAAGACAGACAGUGACUGGAUAUCCCAUGAAAAAAGAGGAAGGAUGAAGAACGUCUCCCAGAGGACAUUUACUUGCAGAGACCCAAGGCAUGCCACAGAAGGGAGGAACUGUAGUUGGUGUUGCCAUGUCUUGUGUUGCUAUUAGGAGCCUUGUGUUAUUUGGCAUUUUGCUAAAGCCUGUGGUUGCAGAUUAAGAAGCUAUCCAAGCCUCUCAGUUUUGCUUUAAAAACCAGAAAAGGUCCCAGCCUUCACUGGGUACUGAGAAAAGUUUACAAAGCUGACCCAACGGCAUCCUUAAAGCUUCAAACCCGGGAGGAAAUAAAAUGAUCUCAACACAUA